AAAUUACUUCUAGAACCCUCUUAUCAUUUGCAGAAAACCCCCUCCCCUCUCUUGCAGAACUUUCUAGGGUUUUGUUAUCCUCUUUCUUAAAUCUAUCAAAUCAAACCACCACUCAUAUCUUCACUCUCCCACCUCACUCUUCGCUAUUCUCAGUUCGCGAGCAAGAAGAAUGGCAGCUGCACAGUUGACUUCCGCUGCAUCCUCAAUUUCAUCGAAAGGAUUCGUCUCAUUUGAAGGGCUGAAGGCAGCGAAAUCAGUAAAUGUUUCAUCUUUUUCGCCUCUGAAGCAGAAUGCAAUUCCCCUUCGGUCAUUCCGCGGCCUUAUUGUCAAGGCCUCCACCACUGUUGCCCCUAAGUACACUACUCUCAAGCCAUUAGGCGAUAGAUUGUUGGUGAAAAUUAAAAUAGCGGAGGAGAAAACUUCGGGAGGCAUCUUACUUCCGACAACCGCGCAACCAAAAUCUCAAGGGGGUGAGGUUGUAGCUGUUGGAAAAGGCCGUACAAUUGGAAAGAACAAGGUCGAUGUUAGCGUCGAGACUGGUAUCCACGUGGUGUACUCGAAGUACGCAGGAACUGAAGUAGAGUUCAAUGGAUUGAAGCAUCUUAUUCUCAAGGAGGAUGACAUUGUCGGUACUCUUGUUACCGACGAUAUUAAAGAUUUGAAACCCUUGAACGACAGAGUUCUCGUACAGGUGGCUGAGGCGGAGGAGAAAACCGCUGGUGGUUUGUACUUAACCGAUGCAAGCAAGGAUAAGCCUUCAAUCGGCACAGUGAUUGCCGUGGGACCCGGUCCACUAGACGAGGAGGGCAAGAGGAAGCCACUGUCGGUUGCUCCUGGGAAUACCGUUUUGUACUCAAAGUACGCUGGCAAUGAUUUCAAAGGCAACGAUGGCAAAGAGUACAUAGCACUUAGAGCUACUGAUGUUAUGGCUGUCUUAGCUUAGUCGGUUCCCACUCUUUUGCCUUCGGUUUUAAAAAUUUAUAAACGGCGAUAUUGUUGUAAUUUAGACUCGAGUAUGUUCCUUUUUUUUCAGCUUCGAUAAAGCAUCUCGAGUGUAAUGAGUUUCGAAUUUCUCAAGAACUCUGCUCUUUUUUUUUGGUUUAUAAUCUGAGAAUACAACUAGUGAGCAACAA